AUGGCAUCAGAACAGCAACUCAAGACCACGCCAUCCAAUGACCAAGAUGAUGGCAUGAAAAUCAUUCACGCCGGUUUAUUCCGCACAGCUACCAAGUCCAUGACAGAGGCAUACCGUAUCCUGGGUUACAAAGCCCACCACGCUCUUGACGAUGUGUGGGCUGUCCCUUGGUCUGGUAUUGAGCAAGCGGCUGAAGCAACAUUCCCUCACCUUGCCCAGCUUCCAGACUACACCUAUAAGAGCACUGAUGGAAGCGCGGCACCUCGGCCACCGUUCACCAGAGAUGAUUGGCAGAGUCUUUGGGGAGAAUACGAUGUUGCCACUGAUAUCGCGUCCGCCUUUGUACCAGAGCUUAUCAAAGCGUAUCCCGAUGCCAAGGUUGUCGUUGUUCAAAGACAAGUCACUGCCCUUCAACAGUUUGUUGUGAGGUACAUCAUACGCUUUCGCGCCGGGUACGCCAUGAAGAAAAUACACGCAGGUUUCUUCGGUGCUGAUGAGUACUCGCUCGAAUCUGUCGAAGUAAGAGCAAGGGAUGUGUAUGAGGAGUAUUACCGCAAGGUUCGCGAGGCUGUUCCUUUGGAGAGCGGAAGACGGCUGGACUACAAUAUUGGAGAUGGAUGGGAACCGCUGUGUGAGUUCUUGGGAAAGGACGUUCCAGACGUGCCAUUUCCUAGGGUGAAUGAUCGGGCUGAUCACAGUGCAAGGGUGAAGGAGAAUCAUCGUAAGAUGACUAUUGAUGCAUUGAAACUCAUCAGCCCUAUCAUUGCGGUUUUGGUUGGUGUUACUUUCUACUACUGGAGGUGA